CAAUUCAAACCUCUCACUCUGUCUCUCUCUCCUCACUCUUGCUCAAACGUUGCAUGGGAAAAUAAUGGGAGUGAUAGAAAACGGUACCGUAUCAGGCGAAUUACCAAGCAACGAAGCAUUCGCGGUACACUAUCCGGGCUACCCUUCCUCCACCUCCCGCGCUGUCGACUCUCUCGGCGGCGCCCAAGCCCUCCUCAAGGCACGCACUUCGCCUUCCAACAAACUGGAGCUCCGUUUCCGACCCGACGACCCGUAUUCGCACCCGGCGUUCGGUGAGCUCCGUCCCUGUAACAACAACUUCCUUCUCAAAAUCUCCAAAACUCAAUCAAUCGAACGAAAUUCCGAUGCCGAACUAGCCGCCGACAUUGUCGCUCGAGUCCCUCAGGCUUAUCACUUCGAAGGAAUGGUAGACUACCAGCAUGUUGUGGCCGUUCAUGCAGAUGUUGCUCGAAGGAAAAAGAGAAAUUGGGCAGAAGUGGAGGAGCCACAUUUUGAUAAGGGUGGACUGAUGGAUGUGGAUCAUGAGGAUGUGAUGAUUCUGUUGCCCCCGCUUUUUUCACCAAAGGAUGUGCCAGAGAAUAUAGUGUUAAGACCGCCACCCACGCUGAGUUCUAAAACAAAACAAGAUGAAUUUGCAGAACAAUGUUGGAAGAUGGAUAUGGAGCCAGUUCUUGCAAUUGAUUUUAACAUAAAAGAGAUUCCUAAGAAAGUAAAUUGGGAGGAAUAUGUAACCCAAGGCUCAAAUCAAUGGGAGUGGCAAAUGUUUCUUACUAAUCUCUUUGACGAGCGCCCUAUAUGGCCCAAGGAAUCACUAAAUGAACGUUUGCUUGAUAAAGGCUUAAGUUUUACAAUUGAGAUGUUUAGAAGGCAUCUGUCUAGGAUUGCAUACUACUUUUCAAGCGGACCAUUUCUCAGGUUUUGGAUCAGAAAAGGAUACGAUCCUCGCAAAGAUCCUAGUUCAUGCAUAUAUCAAAGAAUUGAUUUUCGAGUACCACAACCAUUACGGAGUUAUUGUGAUGCUAUUACAGACAAAGGGUUGAAGCAUAGAUGGGAGGACGUAUGUGCGUUUCGAGUUUUUCCUUACAAGCUCCAUACAUCAUUGCAGUUUUUUGAACUUGCUGAUGAUUACAUUCAACAAGAGAUAAGGAAGCCUUCAACACAGACAACUUGCACAUUUGGAGCAGGAUGGUUCUCAGAGCACAUGCUUGAUUGCUUAAGACAACGUGUUAAGGUGAGGUUUUUAUCAGUCUUCCCCCAAGCUGGUGCAGAAAACUUACUUAAAGCUGCUUCUGAAAAGUUUGAAAAGUUAAAGAAGGAAUGCAACAAAGACGCCUUAAAGCUUCAUGAAGAGCACCAACAAGCCAAUACAGAACCUACGGGCGAUGAAGAUAACGUGGAACCCAAUAAUGUUGAAGAUGAUGAGGAGGAUGAAGUUGACAAUGCUGAAGAUGAAUUGGAUGGAUAUGACGCACUUGAUCUGGCUGAAAAGGACGGUGAAAUAUCUCUGCAGACACAAUCAUAUCUAAACAUGGAGAACAUAUCGAGAACCCAUUUGCAGGAGCUUUUUGAUAGUUUUCCAUCCACAGAAGCAGGUGAUAAUAAUAUAAAUGACGCUAAUUCAAGUGAUGAAGAAUAUCAGAUAUAUGAACCUGAUAGUGAUGGCAACUACUCUGAUGACGAUGACUGCUAAUGUUCCUAGUUUUAGAAGUUAUGUACAGAGGUUUGUUCGUAUGGCAUUCUUCUUCAAUGCAUCUUUCAACUACUGUAGACUAUAUUUCUUACCUCAAGUAUUGCAAUAUUCACAAAUAAUCAUAACAUAAACAUAAUGGGGGAA